GGCGCGUUUUAUCGCGUGACGUUCCAGUGACGAUAUUUUCUUCAUUGCAGCCCAAACGUUACGCACCUCGUUGUGAUUUUACCAAACUGUUGGCUUUAAUCGCGUCGAUAUUUCUCAUCGACCCUGGUUCGGCUGCUUGUUGGCUGCCUGUGAAGAAACGCCAGUUCUCGUUGUCUCCGUUAACGAGCAACAAAGAGAGUAGAGAUGUAUAACGGUAUUGGACUGACCACGCCGCGAGGCAGUGGCACCAACGGCUACGUACAGCGGAACCUUUCCAGCAUCCGUUCCAAACGCAGCAGAGAUGAGCGUGGAGGAGUGAAGGAUGAGAAGGACCGAGAGCGGCUGGAGAGCCAGCUCAACCGGCAGCCCAACGCAGACAUCCUGGAGCACCAGAGGAAGAGACAGCUAGAGGUCAAAUGUGCUGAGCUUCAGGACAUGAUGGAGGAACAAGGGUACUCUGCAGAGGAGAUUGAGGAGAAGGUGAACAGUUUCCGUUUGAUGCUGCAGGAGAAAGAGGAACCCCCUCCGCCACCUACAGAGAAAGCAGCUGUGACUGAGACCCACGCGCUUGCUGCCGCUAACCAGCAGAAGAACGACCGGCUGAGGGAAGCCUUUGGUAUCAGCUCAGACUACGUGGAUGGCUCCUCGUUCCACCCUGAUAGAAAAGAACGAGAGAAAGAGAAGAGAGAGCAGGAGAGGUUGGAACGGGAGAGACUGCAGCAGCAGAAAUAUCAGAUAAUAGAAGACACUGAUGAGUCAGAUUCAUCAUCUACUCUGAAACAGAGCCGGAAAAAGAAACGAAAGAAAAACAAAAGCAGAGACAGCUCACAAAGUCCCUCACCUUCUCCUCGGAGAGAGAAGAAAAAGAACAAGAAGAGGAAAAAGAAAAAGGAAGCAUCAGUACAAAGUGACCAAGCAAGUUCAUCUGAGGAUGAGCAGGUAUCGAAGCGAAAAAGGAAAGGCAGUGAUAGCGACGCUCCUCCUCCCACAAAGAGCCGUAAGCAACGCAGUGCAUCGUCCAGUUCGGCACACAGCAGGUCACCAGCCCCGUUAAGGGAAAGGCAGCAGAAUGCGGCUGUAUCCAGGACAGAGGAGAGGAGGAGGGGCAGGUCUCCUGACCGAAAGGCCCAUGGCCGUCAGGAAAGCCCAGAAAGGUUGGAGAUAAGAGAGAGAUCUCCAAGACAUUCCAGGUCCCCUGAGCGAAACAAGAGGGACAGAGAAAGAGAUCGAGAACGUGAAAAGGAUCGAGAAAAGGAGCGAGUGAAAGAAAAACCCCAGAGAGGGCGGCACGAUUCCUCGUCCCCGUCUCCACCCCCAAAACAACAGCGGGACAGAAGAGCACGGAGCGAGGAGCGGGACAGAGAAAAGGCCCCUCAAAGAAAAAGACACGAUUCCUCAUCUCAUUCUCCAUCUCCUAAACGUCAGAAAGACAGGAGGCAGAGGAGUGUAGAGAAGGAGCGCGAGGAUGAGAGGAGGAAGAAGGACAAAUCACAAAAACGGCAUGAUUCGUCAUCAUCCCCAUCACCUUCGCCACAGAAGGACAGAGCACGGAGAGAACAUAGCAGAGAAAAAGACAAAGGGUCUUCCCUCGCGGCUCCUUCAGACAGACACCGGGAGAGAGACGGAGGAAGAGACAGAGAUGGAGGAAGAGAGACAGACAGACAGAAGGACAGAGAUAGAGACACUGCACCCAGUCGGAAAGACGAUAGAACGAGAGAGAGCGAUAAAGGUAAAGAAAGGGGCCGAAACCACUCCAGUGACUCCACCUCGCCUGCCAGGCGCUCACCAUACUCAAACAGAAGGCAAAAAGAGACAGAGCGCGAGAGAGAACGAGUUAAGGAAAGAGAGCGGGAAGAGCAGAGAGAAAAGGAGCGAGCGAGGGAGAGGGAACGGGAGGAAGCAAGGAGGCAAGAGGAGAGGAGAAAAGAGCGAGAGAAUGACAGAGAAAAAGAGAGAGAAGUGUCCAGGUCCUCCUACGACAAACACUCUGAAGAGCGACGCUCUGGAAGAGACAGUGAGGCUGAAAGGAGGACAGACAGAGAAAAGGCAGUCGCAGAGACGGAAAGAAAGGAGAAAGGGAUAAGGGAAGGGGAUGACAAGCUGGGAAGAAUGAAGGAAAAGAGCCCGCAGGAGAAGGAGAGGAAGAAACAAUCGACGCAAGAGAAAGAGCGGGAAAUAGACAAGCCAGAGAAGAAAAGCAAACCCAAGGCUACAAGCAGCAGUAGCAGCAGCAGCAGCAGUAGCAGCAGUAGUGAUAGUAGUGAUAGUGACAGUGACAGUUCAUCCUCAUCAUCCUCCUCUUCUUCUUCUUCCUCAUCUUCAUCAUCGUCUUCAUCAUCUAACGACGAAACGGAGAAAAAGAAGGAUGUUUCAAGCGAAAACAGCGGCUAUGGUACGCUGGUGCCCCAUGCCCUCAUAGCUCAGGCUGUGGCUCGGAGGGAAAAGGAGAAAGAAGGAAGUGAUGGGGAUAAAGAGAGAGGGAAGGACAGAUACACUCCAACAGUGCAGGAAAGCGUGUCGGCUCAACAGGACCAUGCUUCUUUCAGUAGAGAAGAGGAAAGGGACAAGAGAAGCAGAGAGCCAGACAGGGAGAGAAGGCCAGUGUCGUCAAAUUCCCCUCCGAGACCAGCUCAGAGGGAUCGAGGAGCAGAGAAAGGGAGGGAUCGAGGUAAUGAGAGAUACACGCCCACAGAAAGCUCCAGCCCUCCUCGGUCACCUCCAGUACAAAGCAGAAACAGAGAACGAGGCAGGUACAGUCCUCAACCGACCACCAGGACCCAAAGCAAAGAACCUGAAAGGCACAGAGACUACAAGAACCGGUACACUCCUUCAGAGCUCGAACGUGAAACGGAUCGCUUUUCGCCCAGCAGAGACAGGAACCGACAGAGUGAAAGAAGAACGCCGCUUUCACCAAAGGCUAGAAGGAGGGAUGACGAAUCCCAGAUUAAACGAGCGUCACCCCCUUCCCGUUCCCCUGCUCGCCACACGCCGCCCCGGCAGUAUCAGGAGCCCCCACGCUCCCCCAGCCCAAGACGGAGGGGCAGGAGACCCUCACCAUCCCGUGUCUCGCCUCGCUCACGCCGGGAGAACAGCCGGGAGCGACUCAGAGAGAGGGAGAGAGAUAGAGGGAGGGCAGGAGACAGGGAGAGAGAGCGAGAGCGCUCCAGAGAGAGGAAGACGAGAAGCAGCAGGUCUCGAAGCCCACGUAGACGAAGCCCCCCGUACAGGUCACGUCGUUCACCUUCUCCCGCCCACUGGCGUAGAAGCAGCCGGUCGUGGUCCAGAGAACAAGAGCGAGAAAGAGAGAGGGAGAAGGAAAGAGAGAGGGAGAAAACCCGUGAGCAAGAGAAGGAGCGUGAGCAGCAGAGAGAGCGGGAAAGAGAACGAGAAAAAGAGAGAGAAAAGAAAGCAAAAUCACCCCCACGCCGCUCUCCAUCUUCCUCCUCCACAUCAUCCUCCUCCUCUAGUUCAUCCUCCUCAUCCUCACCGUCUCCUCAGAGGAAGCUGACCGGAGAGAAAGGGAUGAAUCCUAAUUCACAGAAGGACAGAAAAGAGAUUAUUGAGUCAGAUAAAAGGUACAGGUCUCGAUCAACUUCUCCCCCUCAAACUCAAGAUACACGCUGCCCUCCGAACCAGUCUGGCCGCUCAAGAGACCAACUUCAGAGAUCCAGGUCACCAGCUGUUAGCCAAUCAGAGACAAGAGAAGCAUCAAGGGGGGAGAGAUCUAGAGGCCAAUCACCAGCAGCUUCAAACCAAAGGCAACCAAUCAGAGGAGAGAACACAGUGAAUGGAAGACCAGAGAAGGAUACCGCAGCAGAGCGGAAGAACAGCAGGAGCAGCUCCAGCUCAUCUUCUUCCUCGUCCUCUUCAUCGACAUCAUCUUCGUCAGAGAGCUCUGACUCUGAGACAAAGAAAGCGAAAGGGCCUGAUGAAGCAGCAAGUCAACACUCUUCCUCAUCAGAAAGUGAGAAAGAAGAGAAGAAAAGCCCACCUCGUCGGCCGAGAGUUCCAGCCGAUUCGCUGAGAGACUCCAGGUCACUCAGCUAUUCUCCUCCUGCCAGGCAGCGCAGGACUGCCCGUUCCCCUCCCCCUCGAAGGAGGUCCAGAAGCCGAUCUCCCAACAACAGGAGGAGAAAAUGAAGAAAACGGUUGCAUCUAACUGUACAUCAGCUUCCUUUGUAAUCCCCACAACCCACCCCCCGCUCUUGGUUCUUUUCCCCCGUCCCCACCCGGAGUACCACAUGAUGCUUUAAGAAGAUGUAAAGCAGAAGCGGAUGCUUCAUUAAUUUUGGCGACACAUGAGCCGCGAACUGGAGGAAACAUCUCAGAGAUCCCUGUUUUUUUGGCGUUUGUUUUGACUUUUAUUAUGGUGUAAUUCAAAUGCAAGCAGAGAGAGAAGUAGAGCCACCUAUGUGUCACUUACUGUUCUGUGCCACUAGACGCCGAACAAAGUUUUUCCCAUCACACGUCACAAACACAAGAGACCAGAGCUUCUCUCUGCCCUGCUGUUCUGAAUGUAGAUAAACACUUGUAAUUGGUAUCUGAAUGGACAGUGUCCUGCUUACAUGUCUGUGAGUAGACCCUAAUCUUUUUGUUUCUCUUUGUGCAGAAAAAAAUGAAUAAAAAGAGGUUGUAUCUUC